AUGGCAUCCUUAACCCUGGUUAUGGGGAUAGUGUUCCUAAUACUAAUAAUACUUCCUUACAACAAAGUGUAUGGUGGUUAUGAACAACAACAACAAGAGUCAUGUUCUCGAAGGUGCGGUGUUCAUUACAUCACAUACCCUUUCCGAUUGAAAGACAGUCCAGAAAACUGCGGCGACAAAAGAUACAACCUAUCAUGUGAAGACAACAAGCAAUUGAUUUUGUAUGAUAUAUCAUAUGGAAAAUACUAUGUACAAUCAAUUAACUACGACAACUUCACUAUCCGACUAUUGGAUUUCAAUCUUCUUUACUCUAAUUAUUCUCUCUCACCUGAUUAUUCAUUAGGACUCUAUGAUUUCAGUUAUGACAUCUUUCCCUACCUUGACUAUUAUCAAUACAAAAAUGAGACUGAUUAUGCAUUGACAAAAUCAAUGUUAUUUGUGAGCUGUCCAAAUCGGAUGGAAUAUUCGUAUAUUGGUAACUGUAUGAAUAUUAGUUCAUACACAGAGUACGGGAAUCCUUUCUAUAUUGGUGUUUAUAGAAAAACUAUUUCAGAAUUGGGGUUGGGAGACGGGUGUCGUAUAGAGUUUAUGUAUCCCUCUUCUUGGGAUUUGCAAGAUCGAAACAACAACAACAUUUCUUGCACGGACAUCCGCCGUAUGAUGCUUUAUGGAUUUGAACUUUCUUGGCUCAACAGUCUUUGUAAAGAUGGAGUAGGUGCAUACGUCAUCUGUCUACCAGCCAGAUGGAUUUCACGUAAUUUUAUGUCAUUACCUAUAUACAUAGGAUGGAUUUCACCUAAUUUUAUGUCAUUACCUAUAUACAUAGGAUUGGAAGACAUGCAGGAAAAUGCCCGUCCGGAUGGUCCAUCGCGUUAUGCUUCCCAAGAAUCACACAGCCAGUGCUUUAGAUAUCAUAUGUUGAAAUUAAACCCCAAUCUUGGAGAUGAUUUAAACCAAUCUUGA